AUGAGCGACGAGUACGCGAGCAGCGGUUUCCAGGGGUCAUUGGUGAACGACUCGCUUCAAACAUCGCGCGGAGAAGGAACUUACGAGACUGGGAACUACCCGCCACCAGGAGAUACAACAUCCUCCGGAGGCUACAGUUCGCGGAACACAUGGACCAAUCGUAGUCAGCGCGGGCAUCUAGAGAACAUGAGCGGCAGUGCUGAGGCUGGCCUUCUCGACCAGUCCGUGACAGGCGGGCCAAUAGGCGAUGAAAUCGAGGACGCAAAGCAGGGUCAAGACGAACUGAGCCGGAAGAAUUUCCAUCAUGAGGCUAUCCGUGACUUUGGCGGGCCAAGCAUUGGCAUCACAGAAGGCUUGAAUCCAUACGGGAGGAAUAUUGACAGCAAAGAUGAGGCAGCACAGAUGUUGUCUUCGAGCCAUAAUGACGCAAGAGGGAGACGGUUUGAGAGCGAGCCAGCGGCCAGCAACGAUGCGGACGCUGGUGCGGUCUAA